AUGAAACUGAAACUUCUGCUCUUCCUGGCGGCACUGAACAGCGGCAUCUCAACUUACCGGCCCAUGGAAACAUCACCCUGCGAUAUGAAAAACAUGGUGGCGUUUUGUCACAGGAAAGAUUUUCACCAGGUACCUUCAGAGCUUCACCCACAUGUACGUAAACUUGACCUCUCUGAAAAUAAACUUCAAAACCUCACUAAGACGCCUUUGAGCUUUUACACGUCCCUCCGCUAUCUUGACUUAAGUUCCAAUCAUAUCAGUUACAUAGAACCAGGAAUCUUCUCAGAUAUGGUGGGUUUGGUGGAGAUCGAUUUAGCCAACAACCAACUCUAUCAGUUGGCUCAGCACAACCUUUGGGUCGGGUUACUACCCCAGGUCAGAAUAUUGGACUUGUCUCACAACAGUCUGUACAAUGGGAUCGCUCAACGGUUCCUCCACCAAGCACCGUCGCUUGAGUAUCUUUCAUUGGCAGAGAACAGUAUCACAGAAAUAUCAUGGACUAUGUUUCAAGGGUCUCCAAGACUCAUUGAAGUAGACCUUCAUAGCAAUAUGAUUAUGGAGAUAGAAGAAGGUGCCUUUGAGACACUGUCCCAUCUCUCCACACUCAAUCUCUCCAUGAACUCACUCACCUGUAUCGCCGGUUUCAGCCUGAAACAGCUGCAAAUCCUGGAUCUCAGCCGGAACAGCAUCGAGACCUUCCAUUCCACUGAAUCUAAAGAAGAGUUCAGCCUGGUUUGGCUGGACUUGAGCGAGAACAAACUACUUCGGUUCCCAGUUCUCCCCCAAGAGAACAAGUUGGCCUACCUGAAUUUAUCAAAGAAUAUCAUGCAAUUUAUGGUGAACUCUCCUAGUGAUGAUUUGGACUAUGACUGGCUGGAUGUCCCUUUUGGUCUUCAGGCUCCAAAUCCAAAGAGCAAUGAGAGCUCCCCCUCUCAGUUGUCUCAGCUGCUGUAUUUGGACUUGAGUUAUAACGAAAUCAAAUCCCUCCCACCGGAGUUCUUUGCCUCCAUGUCUGCCCUGCAGUUCCUGAACCUGAGCAAAAACUGCCUCCAGUCCUUCGUGGCAAGUUCCAAAUUGAUCUCGCUGACCAUCCUUGACCUCAGCUCCAACUCUUUGCAGAACCUGGAAUUGGACACCAAUGCUCUGAGUGACUUGCGAGAGCUCUAUCUGCAAGAGAACAGUCUCCAAGGGCUACGGUCAGACAUAUUUGCAUACCUCCCGCAAGUUGGACUGCUCGACCUACGAAGCAACCGCCUCCGACUCUGCAGCUUGUAUUCCGGGUUAGCCAGGCGAAGGCUCAUAGGGGAGGAAAACGGCUGCGUCUCGUUUGUCAACCUCCCCAAACUUCGGCAUUUGUAUCUCGCAGACAAUAACUUGCAGAGCCUCCCACCGUACGUUUUUCACCAGACCCAGCUCGCGGCCUUGGAUCUUUCGAUGAACAGGGGACUUCAGAUUGAGGCCAAGUCAUUGUCAGGAUUAGAAAUCUCUCUCGAACAUUUGGAUUUGAACGGGAACGGCAUGACGACUUUAAAUGUCAAUUUGCCUCGUUUUACCCAUCUCAGGUAUCUAAAUUUGUCGGACAAUCGGCUCAGCUGGCUGCCAGCUUGGUCGGAGGACUGCUGUGCCUUGGAAAUUUUGGACCUGCAGAACAACAGCUUCAGCGAUUUGAAAAGCAGCGAGAUCCCGGCCUUAGAGAGAACCCUUCGGAGCUUGUACCUGGCAGGGAAUCCGCUCAGUUGCUGCGGAAACAUUUGGCUCUCUCACAUGAUCCACAGAGCGACCGUGGAGAUAUCCAACUUAGACUUCAUCAGAUGCCAGUACGCCAAGAGCUUUGGGUACGACAAAGAAGAAAUGGCCGUGAGGGACGUCAGGGCUGAGGACUGCGAGAAAGAGGACCUCAAGAAAAUGAGCAUGCUGAUUUUGCUCGCGGCGUUGCUGGCCCUGUCGCUGCUGGUCGUCGGGGUGGGCCUCUUCUGUUGCUAUCGCAAACACAAGUUUGGGCGGCAGUUUAAGGCCUAG